AUGGAUGUGCCUUCACCCCAGAAGUUCCAACCUGUGCCUUCCAUCUUGAAGAAAAUUUUCCAGGAUCAAGAGGCGGCCACAACCAAAGGGGACUCCUGAGAUUUCUGCUACGUAAAGGAUCUCGGUACCCGUGGGAAGAUACUCCGACUUCUCCUCGAUCAAGGUCUCUUUCUUGACUCCGAGAAGCUUCCUCAAGCCUCCUCCUGCCUGCGGAAGCUGCUCCACUUUAACCUGUCUGCCAUUCAAGAUAAGGAGAAGUUGACAAUGGCCCAGCUGGGCCUAGAUUUGGGGCCCAACACUUCCCAUAAGCUGGGACCGGAACUGGAGUUGGCUCUGUCCCUGGUUCAGGAACACGUGUGGGGCCAGUCCAUCCCCAGACCAGGUAAAAUGCUUGUGUUACAGUCAGUACCAUGGCCACAAGGUGUUGUGCACUUCAACCUGCUGGACGUGGCUAAGGAUUGGAGUAACAACCCCCGGAAGAAUUUAGGCUUGUUGCUAGAGAUACUAGUCAAAGGAAACAGCGAGUCGGGGGUGAAUUUUCAGCUUCAGGACACCUGUGCCGGACUGAGACAGUCCCUUCAUGCUUCCCUGCUGGUGGUGACUCUCAACCCUGAGCAAUGCCACCCGUCAUCCCAAAGAAGGAGGGAAGCCAUCUCUGCCCCUAAGGCUUCUUGCAAGAGCCUCUGCCAUUGUCACCAGCUGUUCGUCAACUUCCGGGACUUAGGUUGGCACAAGUGGAUUAUUGCUCCCAAAGGGUUCAUGGCAAACUAUUGCCAUGGAGAUUGUCCUUUCUCGCUGACCACCUCCCUCAACAGUUCCAAUUAUGCUUUCAUGCAAGCACUGAUGCAUGCAGUUGACCCAGAGAUCCCCCAGGCUGUCUGUAUCCUCACUAAGCUGUCCCCCAUUUCCAUGCUCUAUCAGGACAAUGACGACAAUGUCAUUUUACGACAUUAUGAAGACAUGGUAGUGGACGAAUGUGGAUGUGGGUAG